AGUCAGGCGCCCUUUGAACCAAAGGUUGCCUUCAAACCACAUCGCACGCGACAGGCGUCUUGACCGCCGAACUUCCCGUUGUCCGUUGCGCGCCUUCUGCCAUGUUUUGCUGCUGCGCCGCGGAGCCGGGCCCGGCGAAUGAGAUGCCGUUUGGCGGCAGCGAGGAGAAGUUCCGGGAUGCCUUCGUGAAGACCGCGCCAGCGAUGGCGUCGCCAGACUUCAUCCCAGAUGUAUUCGAGGUGAAGCUGAAGGAUGGGUCCCAUGGCAUUGUCAUUGAUGUCACCGACCCAGACUGCACCAUUAUCAAGAAUCUCCGUGCUGAAGGUGGUGCCGCAGAGUGGAACAAGACAGCCUCUGAAGGGAAAUGCGUCAAGGAGUUCGACCGCGUUCUGGAGGUGAAUGGCGUCCGUGGAUCCAGCGUGGAGAUGGCGACAGCACUGGGCUCUGACAAUGAGCCUCUGACGCUCACCUUGCAACGCCCUGAGGAGCGAACUGUGGAGCCGUGCCCUAGACUCUCUAGACAGUCUGAGACCUGGAGGUCAAACUGCAGAGGCCUGGUGAGAUUGGGGUCGUGCUGAACUACAAGAAGCUCGGCUCCAAGGCCCCGUGGAUCACCAAGAUCAGUCCCGGCCUCCUCACCCGGUGGAACGAAGACAUGCCCGACCAGGCCGUGGGCCUUCAUGACCGCGUGAAGUCGGUGAACGGAGUGACGGGAGCGCCAGAAGACCUCAUGAACGGCAUCAAGGAUUCCAAAGAAUCGUUGGAACUCUGCGUGCUGCACUACGGCUUCGGCUUCUGAGAGCAGAGCGAAGGAAGCCUUCGGCUGAGUGGUCGCCACGGGAUCGCAAAGGUGAUCACUGGAGGCGACGACGAAGUCGUGCCCUAGGCCCUAGACCAGCCUUUUGACCAGACUGCCCCUUUUCAUCCUUUUCACACGAGAACCACGAGAGGCAUCUAGAAUCUAGACGUGCCAUGGAA